AUGAAGCUCAACCCUCUACACACAACAUCAUCACUCCUCGCACUCCUCCUCUCUUUCUCACCAUCUGCCACCACUCUGGCAGCAGCAGCAGCAGCAGCAGGCAACACCACCGCAACAACCCUAGCAACCUUCGACACAGCCUACGACGACGCAAGCCUCUCCCUCUCAACCGUAACCUGCUCCAACGGCGAAAACGGGCUCGUCACCAAAGGCUACAACACAAUCGGCGACCUGCCCACCAAAAAUGUCGGCGGUUCACUGACCAUCAAGGGUUGGAAUGACCCCAACUGCGGCGCUUGCUAUUCGCUAUCAUACAAGAAUGAGACCGUCUACGUGUUGGCUAUUGAUGUUGCGAUUUCACAGUUCAAUGUGGCGCAGAAGGUUCUGGAUCAGUUGACACAUGGUCAUGCACAGGAAUUCGGGAGCGUGGAAGUUGAGUAUGAGAAGGUGGAUGGAGAGAAGUGUGGUUUGUAA